AUGGGUGACUAUUCGAAUGCACUUUCAAAUUAUCGAAAAGCACUAGAAAUCCGACAAAUAUCUCUUCUUUCAACUCAUCUUGAUUUGGCUGCUUACUACAACAAUAUUGGUUUGACAUACGACAAUAUGGGCGACUAUUCUAAUGCACUUUCAUCUCAUCAAAAAGCACUAGAAAUUCGCCAAAAAACCCUUCCUUUAAAUCAUCCUGAUUUGGCUCGAUCUUACAACGACAUUGGAGCGAUAUAUGAUAACAUGGGUGACUAUUCGAAUGCACUUUCAUUUUAUGAAAGUGCACUGAGUAUUUUACAACAUUUAGUACCUGAAAAUCAUCCUCAUCUUCUAACGUUAAGGAUGAAUCUCGAAUAUGUUAAAAGAAAAUUGUAA